AUGACCAAGUACCAGAUCUUCACCAUCGACGCGUUCACCGACAAGCCGUUCGGUGGAAACCCCGCUGCAGUUGUUCCUGUGCCCGCUGACCAGCCGCUGACUGAAACCCAGCUGAGCCAAAUUGCUGCUGAGAUGAAUCUGUCCGAGACUGCAUUCCUCACUCCCACCAAUGCCAGCGGACCCAAUGCCUUCCAGGAGGCUUCGCAGUUUAAGCUUCGCUGGUUCACGCCCACAACGGAGGUCAAUCUGUGCGGCCACGCCACGCUGGCCACUGCAUAUGUGCUAUUCAACAAGCUGGACAAUAUCUCUAGCGAACUGCGCUUUGACACUCUGAGCGGAGAGCUAGUCGUGCGUCGUGGUACAGACGGGUAUCUAGAUAUGACGUUCCCAAUCGACAUACCCAAGCCGGUUGAUAUCAACGAUGAUGUCAAGUUAGUUGUUGCCAGCAUCUACGGAGAAUACCGCGACUCAAUUGAGGUUGAGCUGUCGCCGUUCCUCAAGUAUUUGGUUGUGCACGAUCCGAACAGCAGCGAGAGUGACAUCAUCGGGCUGAAGCCCGAUAUUUCACCCGAAGCAUAUGCAGGCAGCGCGAAGGGCAGCAGCAAGGAUUUCCACAGCCGCGUGUUUGCCCCAUGGGUCGGGAUCCCCGAGGACCCGGUUACGGGCUCUGCCCACACGGUGCUGGCGCCAUUCUGGCAGAGCAGAUUAGGAAAGAAGACAUUCUCAGCCGAGCAGUCGUCGAAGCGCGUUGGGCACUUGGAGGUCGACAUUGUCAGCGACUCGCAUGUGCAGGUCAGCGGCAGAGCAGUUGUGGUGCUGGAAGGGCACAUCGAUGUGUAG